AAAAGAACAAAACGCAGAUGAACAAUGAUGAACAGGUAGACCAGUUAUCGCCUACAUUGGCCAAUGUGAAAAAUGCUGCUUUGAUUCUCGCCUGGAACAGCAGAAUUAAACAAUCCUCAUCUUCCUCUGUUGCAUUUGCAUCACUGCAAAACCUAGUGUUGACCUCUCAAAGCUUCUCAAAAUCACCUUCCUUCACUGUCUAAGCUUUCUGAUCGUCCACGACAGAGAUGCUUCUCCGUGGCGCCACUCUUUCUCUUCAACAUCCUCCCCUUUGUACUCGCUCCACCUUUAAUGGGGGACCCUCCUUACGCUUCGGCCUCCAAACCCGAAGCCUUGAAACCCCAGUUCAAAUCAAGGGUACUCAUGCCUGUUCUUUCUCCCAUAGUCACCGAUUGGAGUUUAAGGUUGUGGGUCGGCGUCAAAUGCAAUGUGGGUCGCUGAGAUUUACGAAUUUCCGGAUUUCGGCAUCCUCUGGCGAUGGCUCUGGCGAUGGUUUUGGCUCUGGAGGUGGCGGUGAUGGAUAUGGAGGUUAUGGUCGUGAAGAUUCUGGAGGCGGUGAAGGGGAUAGUGGCAAAGGCGGGGAUAACUGGUCCUUCUUGUCUUGGUAUUUGUUUCUUCUUGCAAAAUACCCUGUUUUGGUGAAAUCUGUAACAUCUGGGAUACUAAAUGCUCUGGGAGAUUUUAUUUGUCAGCUUGUUUUUGAAGACGCACCGUCGGCAGAUCUGAAAAGAACGUUCAGAUUUUCUCUGUUGGGGCUUGCGUUAGUCGGUCCUGCCUUGCACUUCUGGUAUUUGUAUCUAAGUCAAUUGGUGACCCUGCCAGGAGCUUCAGGUGCAUUCUUGCGCCUUCUUCUUGAUCAGUUCGUGUUUACUCCGGUGUUCCUUGGCGCGUUUCUAGCUGGAUUACUAACAUUGGAAGGGCGACCGUCGCAUAUUAUUCCCAAGCUUCAACAGGAAUGGUUUUCUUCUGUUGUGGCUAAUUGGAAACUCUGGAUACCUUUCCAGUUUCUCAACUUCAGAUUUGUUCCCCAGCAAUUCCAGGUCCUUGCAGCUAAUGUCCUUGCCUUGGCAUGGAAUGUCAUCCUCUCCUUCAAAGCUCACAGAGAGAUCGUUACAUGAUAGGUAAAAAGCUUCAUUUGUCGUGGGGUCAUGCAACGAAAAGACUGGGAAAUAACGAAUAAUGAAACAAUUCAUAUAUUGACAUUCCGUGCUUAAUUUCCUAAUUUCUGCUUUUUUAUUCCCAUCAUCCAAUAACCACAUGAUGAUCCACAAGAAAGGUGGUAGGAUUCGAACUUAUAGCCGGCCCGAAGUCCGUAUUUUGGUCAAUCUAUGAUAAUUUGUUAUACAUUCAUUUUUUUGCCGAAUAUGUUUUCAGAAAUAGUUCGGUUGGAAAAUGUCAUUUGCUCUUGGAACACAAAAAUGCAAUAUGGAGAUUGGAUUAGA